ACAAUCUCCCUUCGUACAAACACCCACCAAAUCCAUGGCAUCUCUCAUCACAAACGGCGUUCUUCCAACCUUUUCUCCACAACCCAUCUCACAAAACCCCAAAAUCUCAAAAGGGUCACUCCCAAGUUCCAAUUUUUCAUCCAAAACAACCAAAAAAUCCAGGGUUUUGAACCUCAAAGCCGAAGGUAAAUCACCCUCAUCUCCAAACAAUAACGACCCACUUCACAACUUCCUCAAAAGAGAUUACAAAUGGGGGUUCACUCAACAUAUCGAUUCAUUCACAAUCCCUAAAGGCCUUUCAGAACAAACAAUCAGGCUAAUUUCUUCAAUCAAAAAAGAACCCGAUUGGAUGCUGGAGUUCAGGUUAAACUCUUAUCAUAAGUUCUGUCACAUGACUGAACCCAAUUGGUCCGAUAAUAAUUACCCAAAAAUAGAUUUUCAAAAUGUUUGUUAUUAUUCCGAACCCAAAAAAAAACCGCCUUUGACUAAUCUUGAUGAAGUUGACCCUGAUCACAUUAAGUUAUUCGAUAAGUUAGGGGUUCAGUUGAAUGAAAAGAAAAGAUUAGGGGAUGUUAAUGUAAAUGUUAAUGUUGCUGUGGAUGCUGUUCUUGAUAGUGUUUCUAUUGCUACUACUCAUAGAAAGCGUUUAGCGAAAUCGGGUGUGAUCUUUUGUUCGAUUUCGGAUGCGAUUAACGAGUAUCCGGGUCUGGUUAAGAAGUAUUUAGGGAAGGUUGUUUCGAAUGAUGAUAACUACUAUGCUGCUUUGAAUUCUGCAGUGUUUAGUGAUGGGUCUUUUGUGUAUGUACCGAAGGACACGAAAUGCCCGAUGCAAAUCUCGACGUAUUUUAGGAUAAACGCGAUGGAAACGGGUCAGUUCGAGAGGACGUUGAUAGUAGCUGACGAUAGGAGUUUUGUCGAGUAUUUAGAGGGGUGUACGGCUUCGUCUUAUGACACGAAUCAGCUUCAUGCGGCGGUGGUGGAACUUUAUUGUAACGAGGGGGCGGAGGUUAGAUACUCGACGGUGCAGAAUUGGUACGCUGGGGAUGAAAACGGGCGAGGUGGGAUUUAUAAUUUCGUGACGAAACGGGGUCUUUGUGCGGGUCGAAAAUCCAAGAUUUCGUGGACCCAGGUGGAAACGGGGUCCGCGAUUACUUGGAAGUACCCGAGUGUUGUGUUGGAGGGUGAUGAUUCGGUUGGUGAGUUUUAUUCGGUUGCGUUGACGAAUAACUAUCAGCAAGCGGAUACGGGUACGAAAAUGAUUCAUAAGGGGAAAAAUACAAAAAGUCGGAUUGUUUCGAAGGGGAUUUCGGCCGGAAAUUCAAGAAAUUGUUAUAGGGGUCUUGUUCAGGUUCAUUCACGAGCGGAGAAUGCUAGAAAUUCGUCGCAAUGUGAUUCGAUGCUUAUUGGCGACAACGCGGCUGCUAAUACCUACCCAUAUAUUCAGGCGAAAAACCCGUCUGCUCGUAUAGAACACGAAGCGAGCACUUCCAAAAUCGGGGAAGACCAAGUUUUUUACUUUCAACAAAGAGGUAUCGAUUUAGAGAGAGCCAUGGCUGCCAUGAUUUCCGGGUUUUGUGGGGACGUGUUUAACGAGCUUCCUCGUGAAUUCGGUGCUGAAGUUAACCAAUUGAUGAGCUUGAAGCUUGAAAACUCGGUUGGUUAAGAAUUGUAUUAUGGAAAAGUUUCCAUCUUUGAUCUGCUUUUAGCUUUUGUAGGGACAUUUUUUGUGACAAUGUAAUGACAAAUUCGGAUUUACGAUGGUUUAUUUUUUUGACAAUGUAAUGACAAAUUUGGAUUUACGAUGGUUUAGUAAUAGUGAUAUAUUCCGAACAACAUCUCUUGUAUUGAUCAACGUUAACGAUGAUCUAGAGGGUUGACAGUGUGCCUGGGAUACCCCUCAACUUUCUUGUCGAA